AGAGGAAACUACCUCGAGCUGACCCUCCUCAGGCUCCUUCUCUUCCUUCACUUUCUGAGGAUACAGAGGAGGAAGACAACAAUGAAACUCCACCUGUUGUUGCACCAGAGCCUGAACAGCCAAACUCUACCAAUACAUGCUCUGGAACAAAAUCUUCCACUGCCCUGGAAGCUGCUGCACUGGAAGCCGCUGAAAAAGACAACACUCCCACACCUGAGAUCACCUACAUGAGCACUUCCAGCAGUUCCUGCAGCAGCAACAACUGGCAGCAAGAGACGGUAGAGGAGGACAGCCUAGAGAAACUGAGGAGCAUUGUGAGUGUGGGAGAUCCUAUGAAGAAGUACGUUGAAUGGGAAAAAAUUGCCAGCGGUGCCUUCGGAACAGUCUAUGCAGCGACCGACACUGCCACAGGAGGAGAGGUGGCCAUAAAGCAAGUGUGUCUCCAAAAACAGCUCAAAAAGGAACAAAUUGUCGAUGAGCUCAUUAUCAUGAGGGACAACAAGCAUCCAAAUAUUGUUAACUAUUUAGACAGCUACCUGGUUGGAGAUAAACUGUGGAUAGUGAUGGAAUACCUAGACGGAGGCUGCUUAAGUGCUCUUGUUAAGGAAGUAAGCAUGAGUGAAGGAAUGAUGGCAGCUGUCUCUCGAGAGUGCCUGCAAGCACUGGCGUUCCUCCAUUGCCACCAAGUGAUCCACAGGGAUCUCAAAGGCGAUAACAUUCUCCUUGGAAUGGAUGGAUCCGUCAAGUUGGCUGAUUUUGGUCUCGCUGCUCGCAUCACACUGAGCAGAGCAAACGAAGCUCAGUCGUCG